AUGGAGAAGAAACAAACGCAACAAAAGCAAAGAACUUACGAAGACAAAGUGUGCUAUCACGACUACGAAUGUCGCAACUUCACCGCCGAGGCAGAGUUGGAAAAACUGAGGAACAUCUACGUGAACAUGACUAGCGAUGUGAACUCGACACUAAUCGCUGAGCUGAAGAUCUACGAAUGUUGUGAUGCAAAUGCGACUUACGCAACUGGCGACUACUCUUCAGGCUAUGACGACGAAGAUUAUGAGGAUGACUCUUUUUUGGUUAUUUUUGGUGUGUCUCUGACUUUAAACGCUUCUGCUAUGGCCAUAACUGUGAUGUUGUCUAGUGGGAUAUCUUCCCAUCCGUUUGUUGACAUGAUUUCAGCGAACGCCACUGGGCAAAGAACUUACGAAGACAAAGUGUGCUAUCACGACUACGAAUGUCGCAACUUCACCGCCGAGGCAGAGUUGGAAAAACUGAGGAACAUCUACGUGAACAUGACUAGCGAUGUGAACUCGACACUAAUCGCUGAGCUGAAGAUCUACGAAUGUUGUGAUGCAAAUGCGACUUACGCAACUGGCGACUACUCUUCAGGCUAUGACGACGAAGAUUAUGAGGAUGACGUGAUGACCCCUGGACGAUGUUGUGUGAAGGAACCGAUGCCAGUGUGGUUGGCCAUUUUGAUCCUGGUCAUUCUGGCACUCAUUCUGGCAGGCUGCUGCUUCCUCUGCUGUUUCAUUCGACCCAAACUGGAGGGACUCUGCAACCAGUAUCAGCGACCUCUCAUCUCACACGACACCAUACAGACUGUGGCUGCCCUGAAGAUACUCACCAGUGACAUUGGAGGCGGGGGAGGGGGACAGAACAGCAACCCCUUUGGAGGUCAACCGAAUUGGGGUCCGGGCCAAACAAUCCCACCUCCCCCUCCCCCGAUGACUCAAUCAGUCCAUCCUAAUCAGCCCCCACCCCCACCUGGAUAUGCUCCCAACCACUACAACCCAAACAUGGCAGCCCAUCCCCCUCUUCAACAAGGGUACCAAUACACACCAGGGUACACACCCACCAACCAAUCAGCAGCACCUGGACAGUAUCCAGGGGCCUACAAUAACUACCCCCCGAAUCCAAAUCCUUACCCGCCAUCAGGGGGUCAGUCUUAUAACCAACCUCAUCAAAAUUCGCAGCAGCAAUCGCUUCCGUACCCAGUUUCAGAUUCUGGGGGUUAUCAGCAGUACCCUAGCAUGCCAGAAGCGCCACCGUAUCCGGAAAGCAAAACAACCUCUCUGGCUUAGAUGAG